AUGAGUGUCGUUGCGCCAGGCUUUUCGCUGAAAGCCGCUCUCCCCGUCCGCUCUGUUGCCGCAUCAUGGACCUGUCAGAGGCAGAGCAACCGGCAAAGACGGAGCAUAAGCACUGAAUCGCGAUGGAAUAGUCCCCGACAGGUUCGACGGCGUCAGCUACCGCAAUCUCAUCGAGUGAGGGCCUUCCACGCAUCGCCCACGUCCCUCGCAGCCAAGAACCCAUACAGCGUCCUCGGCGUCAACAAAGAAGCUUCCGCCGCCGACAUCAAGAAGGCCUACUACGGUCUCGCGAAGAAGUACCACCCCGAUACGAAUAAGGACCCCACCGCGAAGGAGAAAUUUACCGAGGCGCAAACCGCAUACGAGACCCUCUCCGAUCCCAAGAAGAAGGAAGCCUACGACACUUACGGCGACGCCGCUUUUGGUCAAGGUGGGCCCGGCUUCGAUCCAACUGGUGGCACAGGAGGCAACCCGUUCGCCGGCGCUGGAGGGUUUGCCGGCUUCGGCGGCUUCGGCACUGCAGGAGGGGGAUUUGGGGCCGAGUUCAACUUUGAGGACCUCUUCGCCGGUGCUUUUGGUGCGGAUGCGCGGAGAGGAGGCAGGGGUGGGCGGAGGACUCGAGGAUCGCCGUUCCAGGAAGAGAUACUGGUGGGAGAGGACAUUGAAGUGCAGACCAACAUCUCGUUUGCGGAUGCGGCGAAGGGGACGACGAAGGACAUCUUUGUGACCCCGCUGGUCGAGUGCAAGACGUGUACGGGCACCGGACUGAAGAAAGGGACGAAGCGGACGGAGUGCAAGAGUUGCAAGGGCACGGGUCAAAAAAUACACUUCAUGCAGCAGGGCUUCCAGAUGGCGAGCACCUGCGGCGCUUGUGGUGGAGCAGGGGUGGUCACACCUCCUGGCAGCGAGUGCCGCACGUGUGGCGGCGAGGGCGCUGUAAGGGAAAAGAGGACAGUCACAAUAGACAUACCCGGCGGAGUGGAAGAUGGAAUGCGACUGCGCGUCUCCGGCGAAGGCGAUGCGCCGCUGAGUGGGCAAGCGACGGGCUCUAAUGUGCGGACGGCGAAAGGCGACCUCUACGUCUUUAUCCGCGUCGCCGCGGAUCCCAAAUUCAGCCGCAACGGUGCAGACAUACUAUACACGGCGUCGAUACCGCUUACCACCGCUGUCCUAGGCGGCGAAAUUCACGUACCAACUCUAGACGGUGAUGUUAGAGUGAAGGUGCCCACAGGAACAGGCACGGGAGACAAGAUCACGCUGGGCGGCAUGGGCAUGAAGCAGCUGAACAGCCGGAGAGGAGCAAAGGGUGAUCUGCGGGUCGAGUUCAAGGUCAACAUGCCGAAAUACCUCAGCGCGAACCAACGGACUAUUGUUGAGAUGCUGGCGGACGAGAUGGGAGACAAGACGGCGAAGCGGAUCAUGAACAUCGGAAAGUACGCGAAACCGAACCCCGACUCUCAGGCCGGUGGUAAAACGGCUGCCCCGACACCAGAGGAUGAGCACAAGAAUGAGGGGUUUCUGAAGAGCGCGUGGCAUAACCUGACGGGACAGCACAAGCAUCUGAACUCGGAUGGGAAGCCGCAAAAACCGGACGAGGAGGAGCCCAAGAAGGCGUCGGGCUCUGGCUCUGGGUGA